AUGUUCUACUGUCUAAGAUUUGCAAAAUAUCAAUUCAGGUUCGUCUCAGCUUGUUCAGCAUUAACAAACAGUGAUGCACUUCUAUGUAAGGUGAUUCCGGAUGGCCAAGAAUGGGAUUCGACGAGCAAUGAUUAUGCAGGAAUUUUUCAAUUUUGUUUUUGGCGGUUUGGUCGGUGGAUCGACGUUAUUAUAGAUGAUUUACUGCCAUGUAGGAGUGGCAAAUUGUUUUAUGGUUGCUACGAGAAUUUAGUAGGAGGACAGUUAGCGGAUGCGCUUCAGGAUGUUUCUGGUGGAGUCGCUGAAACACUUAUUGUCCAUAGAUUUAUCAGCCAGCAUAAAAAAAUACUGAAUGGAAUGAAUAGUACCGAUGACUUACAUUUAUCUAAAAGGCUAAAUAAUUUGGCUAACGGAAAUUUAACUUCACUUUCUGUCUACAAAACUGGAAUCUCUGCAUCAAAACGACUUUUCUACACACUUAAACAUGCGUUCAAUCGCGAAGCACUUAUUGUUGCAGCUAUUUCGGCUAAAAAUGAUGAAGUUGAGAAAAGCCUUGAGUGCGGAUUGGUCAUGGGACAUGCUUAUGCGUUAACCUCAAUUCAGUUUAUUGAACUUGAUGCUCUGCAGCUAAUUAAUAAGAGUAAACCAGACCGAGGACUAGAGACAACUGGAAAGCGACAGGCAAUGGUUCGACUUCAAAAUCCUUGGGGCGAAAAGGAAUGGAAUGGACCCUGGAGUGACGGUUCAGCUGAGUGGGAGCAAGUGACUAAUGUGCAAAAGUCCCGCUUAGGUAUUACGGCAAAUGAUGACGGCGAGUUUUGGAUGCCCUGGGAAAAAUUCUUAGAAUACUUCACCGAUAUAAGUGUGUGCCAAAUGCUGAUACCGCUGGAAUUGGGAGUCCGGUCGAAAAAGGCCAGCAGACGAUCUAACGCAACUAUAGGAACUCCUUUGAAUCGACGAUAUCACGAAUGGAUUAAUUCUGAAUUCAGAUGUCCAAACUUUACGGCUACAUUCUGCUUUAACCCACAAUUCCUGCUAGAGUUUUCUGGGCCUGGAACUGCUGAAGUGAUUCUUGCGCUCAAUCAACCCGAUAAGUUUUAUGGUAAGAGAAGACUACCUUAUCUUGCCGUUGGUAUGCAACUCAUGCGUGUUGAAUUUAACAGACGGCACCGUCUUCAUAGACUCCUUCCGAGUACAGCUACUUCGGAGUACAGUUCUGGGCGCUCAGUUCAUUUACAUCUUGAUAAGCUUACUCCUGGUCGAUGUAUGUUUUGCGGAGGUUCUUCUCUUAAAAUAUUCAUUUUUAGAUAUCCUGAUACCGUCUAG